CAGUACAAAUUGAAGGAAACCAACAACGACAAUAAACUACAAAAUAGACAACACUAAUUUGAUCAAAAAUACUCAAAGCAUCUCCGAUUCCUAGUAAUAUUUGUGACAAUUGAAUGCGGGAACCCUCAGGCGUACAGAGGUCUAUUUUCCAGUCAACCAUGUUAGCAUUGGUAGCUAACUAGCAGCGUCUCGUCGCCUCCUCUUCAUCUUCAUGGGUUUCUGCUGUUGAGUCUGCCAGGCUGGUGCUGGAGGCAGCGAGGCUGACAAAUUAAUGCCAUCAGCCAGGAACUCAGGUCAUAUUAUGAGUGGGGCGAGUUGCAAAGCUAACGGCGCCGUGUACCCUGCCUCUUCAGCAAUGAUAAGCUCUGUGAAGAAGCCGAAGAUGGAGCAGAUUCAGGCCGACCAUGAGCUGUUCCUACAGGCCUUUGAAAAACCAACUCAGAUAUACAGAUUUCUGCGCACAAGGAACUUGAUUGCACCCAUUUUUUUACACAGGACGCUCACCUUCAUGUCUCAUAGAAAUGGUCGAUCAAAUGCUAGGAGGAAAACAUUCAAAGUAGAUGACAUGUUACAGACAGUGGAGAAGAUGAAGGGAGAGCAGGAUUCUCCAAGCUUGUCUUCACAUCUACAACUAACUUUCACUGGGUUCUUCCAUAAGGAUGAAAAGCCAUCACAGAAUUCAGAAAAUGAACAAAAUUCCGUGUCCUUAGAGGUGCUACUCGUCAAAGUCUGCCAUAAAAAACGCAAGGAUGUCAGCUGCCCGAUUAAGCAAGUGCCUACAGGUAAAAAGCAGGUGCCUUUGAAUCCUGACAGUAACCAAACCAAGUCUGGCUCCUACCCUUCUUUACUGGUCUCCAGCAACGAGUUUGAGCCCAGCAACAGCCACAUGGUGAAGUCCUACUCGCUCCUGUUCAGGGUGUCACGCACAGGGAGAAGGGAUACAAAUGGCCUGGUUAACGGAGAGGCCAACGAGAACAUCGAUGUAACAGAUACUCCUAGCAGAAAGAAGAGAAGCUCAUCACAUAGAGAAGAGGGAGACACCACAGAGACUUAUGUUGCACAGAUGACUGUCUUUGAUAAGAAUAGGAGAUUGCAACUGCUGGAUGGGGAGUAUGAGGUGUCAAUGCAGGGGAUGGAGGACAGCCCUGUGAGCAAGAAACGAGCCACGUGGGAAACCAUUCUUGAUGGGAAGAGACUGCCACCAUUUGAGACAUUUUCUCAGGGACCCACAUUGCAAUUCACGCUGCGUUGGACAGGCGACGCUAGCGGGAAGUCCACUGCCCCCGUGGCAAAACCUCUUGCUACCCGAAACUCAGACAGCUCCAGCCCCAUGGAGACUCGGACUAGCAACCACCGAGCUGCCCUCAUGACAGUGAAAGAGUCAGUGAGCACAGACAUUCAGACGAGGAAAGAGCAGGUCCUGUGUGAGCCGCGGCAGAAGCUACGUAUAUUUUAUCAGUUCCUGUACAACAAUAACACACGGCAGCAAACGGAAGCCAGAGAUGACCUGCACUGUCCGUGGUGUACCCUAAACUGCAGCAAGCUCUACAGCCUGCUCAAACACCUUAAACUCUCCCACUCCCGCUUCAUCUUCAACUACGUGCCUCACCCCAAAGGAGCAAGGAUAGACGUGUCCAUCAAUGAGUGCUAUGAUGGCUCGUAUGUUGGCAAUCCUCAGGACAUCCACAGCCAGCCGGGCUUUGCUUUCAGCCGCAAUGGCCCAGUCAAGAGGACCGCAGUCACUCACAUACUGGUUUGCAGGCCCAAGAGAACCAAGCCAAGUCUGUCAGAGUUCCUGGAAUCUGAGGAUGGAGAACUGGAGCAGCAGAGGACCUACGUCAGCGGACACAACCGCCUGUACUUCCACAGUGACAGCUGCAUGCCCCUGCGGCCCCAGGAGAUGGAGGAAGACAGCGAGGAUGAGAGAGAUCCAGAAUGGCUGAGAGAGAAGACUGCCACGCAACUGGAUGAGUUCACAGAUGUCAAUGAAGGAGAGAAGGAAGUGAUGAAGCUGUGGAACCUACAUGUCAUGAAAAAUGGUUUCAUAGCAGACAACCAGAUGAAUCAGGCCAUCAUGCUCUUCGUGGAGAACUGCGGUGCCCACGUCAGCCGCCGCAACCUCUGCCGCAACUUCCUCCUGCAUCUAGUGAGUAUGCACGACUUCAACCUGGUGAGCACAGCCACCAUCGACCGUGCGAUGGCCCGUCUGAGACAGAUCCAGGAGGAGCUGCCGGACACUGAGGAGGAGCAUCAGGACCAGACUCUGGUAACAGCAGGAACCUGCAACGGCAACGCGGUCACCUCCAGUGGGGGAAAGCAGGGCAAGAGGACAAAAAGCGCCCUAACAGACUGAUGUAGGCUGGAUGGAAGGAUGGAUGGAACAAUGAUUGUCUUAUUGUUUUAGUUCUGUUUUUGUUUUGUUUUUUUCCUUCUUCAAUGAACAUUACCAACCCUUUGGUGCUUAGAUAGGUGGGAGCAGAGGAUCUGACUUGAAGCAGACCAGUAUACAAGGUAAAAAGAAGUUUCUGGAACUUGAGAACUGAACCAAAUAUGAACAAUAUAAAAGUGAAUCACCCGCAUCUACACAAACCAGGAUUUUGAGGACUGGAUGAUGUAAGUUGAACCUACUUAAUAUGCAUUUUGUAGGAGCCACUUGAAGUAUCUGUCUUUGGGGUGAGCGUGAACAAACUGAGAAUCCUUUGAUGUGGUGCGACUGCCCUUUGGUAUGUCUUUGAUAUAGACGGCGGUUAUCAAGACUACAGUUAAAACUGUACUGGUAACAUUGUCACUCUUGAUUAUUUGUACACAUACACAAUAACCUUGUUGAAAACUUAUCAUUUUAGCUGAUUAUUUUAGCACUUGGUGUUUUGUAUUUAGAAAAAAAACUUACCUUUUGAAAAUCAACUUUUUUUUUCCUUUUUUUUUAAAUUCAUGCUGCACCAAAUGUCAAAAGCAGCUUUUCCACUGUCCUGAGUGGAGAACCUUUAGUGGGUUUGAAUUCACUGUUGUGAAUGACGUUUUAUUUGAAGAGAACAUUACGGUAAAUAUCUUCAUUUUUGGAGCAUAUAAAACCUGUAAUGCUUGUGUUUAGGACCCCCAAAACGGUUUGUGGGUUUUGCUGGUUGGUUGCCAUGACAAUAGUGUUAUAAGGCUUGGAUCCUGGGUAAAAUAAUUAAUUGUAAUUAGGGUCCAGGCUGAAAGUCAAGUACUUCAUCACUCUUUCACCAUUUGAUCUGCAUUGAUAAUGUAGUAGCUCAAGGAAAGCCAGGGAAAUCAACUUUUUCUGAAUAUUUUCUUUUUCUUAAGAUUUACUAAGACAACCAGCAGCACAUCACCCCAUGUAUCUUGUAGAGUGUAUAGCAUUGAAGAUAUAAAUGUCAACAAUUUUUCUGAUGAUGCGGGCACCUGUAGUCUCUUUCACUUUAAAAGUUUGAACACACAAUGUUUAACAUGUUUGGUUUUUUUUUAACAUGGGUUCUGCGUAUCAGUAGCCGAUCGACAGAAAUUUGUAUACAUUGUAAUUGCAUCAAAUGUUUAGCCGUGCCCCGUUCUGAAUCCAAUAAUUAACAGAUUGCAAUUCUUCUCUCAAAGCAAUAUGCUGUUUAUUGGAUGGUUGGUUUUCAGGCCCAACUCGGUCGUCUGUCCUGUUAGGAGCAGUUUAUGCCAAAGGGGAUAUUUUCAUCAGUCUCUUAUUUCUAUAUAUUUUUUAGUGUAUAUUAUUUUGUUCAUUCCAUGGCAAGUUUAAAAAAAAGGCUGUAGUUGUGUUUUGUAGACAUAAAUUGGUGAUCAUCACCGCUCAUUAUUUCAUCCGACUUCCCUCGUGGACAACCAAAUUAACAAUAUAUUUUUCUCCCUCCAUUAUUCAUUGAGGGGUUUCUGCAUUCAUUUUGAGAAAAAAAAGGGAGACGUAGUCACAAUUAUUGUCAAAACACCCUGUUAGAAAUUGUGAACUGUACACUCUGGCUAAGGGGUUUUUUAUAUUUAAAGAAAUAAAACACAUUUGUC